ACUUUUCUAUCCUUCUAUUGUUAUAAGUUGACGAACAAUAAAUGUAUAGUUGUUUACUUGUUCUAGUAAAUGUCUUAUUAACCGUUUGGAUUCUGCUGCAUUGAACCGAUGCAUAGAUCCUCUUUCCUGCUGUCCCCAGCCCCAAUGGGUGAUAGGAAUUAUCCGUAUGCGUCAAUUGGAUUACCAAAAUUAGUUGAUGCAUUGGGUGAUGGAUCAAAGACGAUUGAUUCUUUCAGAGAACCUGGUUUGGAAGGAGUUCCUAAAGCUAAGAAGAGAAAAAUGAGAACAGAAACCGACAGCACAUCAAAUCUUAUCCUACACCUUCCAACAGAUAUCCUAGCCACCAUUCUCUCAAGAUCCGCUCCUUCAAGGAUGCUUGUGUCCUCAGACCCGUGUGCAAGGACUUCUCCUCUGUGACCAACUCUACUGAUUUCAAUCUACAAUUAUGCAAAGCUGAUUCUCAAGUUUUCCUUCGAGCUUAUAUUAAGGGAUAUAGGCUUGCUUAUAUUAAUGAAAAUGAGGUUGGUUA